GCCUAUUUGUCGAACUGAAUAUGUAUCAUGCCAGCUUAUACGAGAGCGACUAAGGUCGAAGCCUUUUUUUAGCCGAGCGGGAAAAGUUUGGACGCUAUUGUUUGCCGUGGAUAAUGGUUUCGUUUCGAUAGCGAGUCAGAGCUCGGCGGUUAGAUGCGUUCAAUGUUGUGUGUGAUGCGGCUGCCUGUUGCACCAGGUGGCUUCUUAGUGUUAAUUUAUUUACCACCUCCCACAACAUUUGAACCGUCAUACAUCAAUUGAUGUUGUACAGGUUUCAUAGGUAGUUCCAUUGCCAUCAUGGCUAGGCAAGAUAAACACCUCAUCCAAUCCCUUUGCGACCUUGAAAUACCAAAGACCAUCCGACUCUCCCCAGACCGCCAAAGCGUCCUUUACUCGACUGAACUCACCUGGGGCCACCGUAAAGGAACGCAAGCUGUUUCCACCCUCUGGCUGGCCUCGACUGGUCGUACAGACUCUUCGCGACAGCUCACACCUGGCCUUUACCGUGACCACUCCCCUACAUGGAGCCCUGACGGAAAAGCUGUCGCGUUUGUGUCCGAUCGCGCUGGCGCUGGCGCAAAGUGGGCUGUGUAUCUGCUUCCAUUGAACCAGGGUGGCGAUGUAUACCCGAUCACGCCAGCGCAGAAUACAAGCCUCAUCACUGCGUUUGCCUUCUCGCCAGACGGCACUCGCGUUGCGUUUCUCUCAGCCGAUGAAGAGGACGGAGAUGUCGCCCACGAUGUGCGGGCCUGGGGCGAGAUUUGGCGGUAUGCACGCCUGAGGGUUGUCGACUUGCGAACUAAGCAGAUCCGAAGCCUAGAGCUCGACAGGCAUGUCACAGCCCUCUCGUGGAGCCCAGACGGUACCUGCAUUGGCUUCGCGAGCUGUCUUACCCCCGACAUCGAAGAGUCACAUCUUAGUGGGACGACCCUCUCUACCAUUGACGCCGACCUCGGCGCCGUGGAAGACCUGUGCCACUUCCCCAAAAUGAUUGUUGACCUCACAUGGGCUGCUGACGGGUAUCUAUACUUUUGCGGAGGUGUUCCCGCCGAUAAGAUGUUCGCUGGCUAUGGCGUCUACCGUACCAGCUCUUCCUCAGCAUUCCACCACUAUGACUGGGUAGGGUUCGGAGUAGAGAACGAUUCCCUCGGCCUUAUUAAGGACGAGAAAGGCAACGUUUUCGUUAAGGUGCAAUGCCGGCUUGAGUCCCACGUAUGUCUCCCUGACGGCAAGGUGGUGUACCGUAGGAAGGAGGAGCUCGAAGCUUUCGACGCCGCAAUUGGUCCUGGCAACGAGCUCGUUCUCGCCGUCGCAACAUCAGAUAUAAACCACCCUACCGAGGUCUUUACGACUGUAUCGCUCGAUGGCGAGAUGACACGAAUGUCGAACCACGGACGAGACUUCGCUGACCGCCAAUUCGGGACGUGCAGCUUCUUGACAUGCCUCUCAACGGAUGGAGAGGUUGAACUGGACGCUCUCUAUUUAACACCGUCUUCCUUCGCUUCUACGGGCGGUCCUCGCCGCCCGCUGCCGACUGCUGUGCUCAUCCACGGUGGACCCAACACCCGCCUCACCAAUGCCUUUAAUACCUACUACUACAUGCUCUCCCCGUAUCUGCUGUCGCUCGGCUAUGGGAUCUUGCUACCGAACUACCGCGGAAGCAGUGGGCGUGGAAAACGCUUCGCAUCCUACUCCAUCGGUGGCCUUGGCGUUUACGACUACGCUGAUGUGAUCGCGCUCACGCAGUGCGCGAUCGAUAUGGGUUAUGCGGAUAAGGGCAGGCUCCUUGUAGGUGGAUGGAGCCAAGGUGGGUUCUUGACCAACCUGUGCAGUGUCCGUAACGGAUCGCAUGGCGGUGGUUGGCGUUUCCAAGCCGCCGUGCCAGGCGCCAGCAUCUGUGAUAUCGAUACGAUGGCCUUGACCUGCGACCUCGGCUGCGCAUUCGAACCCGAACUCUCUCGUGACGGUGUGAUCUGGAAUAUGGACCACGAUGACAUACGCAACCGAGCCGCGAGCGCUCUGUGGGCUUUCAAAGGUACUGCACGGCGGGCCGAUGCAGAGGGCGCUUCUAUUGUGCCCCCUAUGCUGAUCUUACACGGCGAAGCCGAUGCCCGCUGUCCUGUAACACAGGCAUGGGGUCUACGACGUGCGCUACAGAGGUACGAACUGCCAUUCGAACUGGUUAUUUAUCCCAACCAAGGUCACUUUUUUGAGGAGCAGAAGUAUUGGGUCGAUAUGGCACUAAGAAUCGGCCGGUGGUGUGAUAAGUAUAUUGGUAAUGAAUUGCAGUAAAAUAAUAAGUGCUAUUUUGUUUUUAUAUACAUCGUAGAGCAUUUCCGUAGAUUGGGUAAAGGAGCCAUCCUCAUAUCAAUAC